UACCCCUCCCCCGGCCCCGGGUGUCCCCGUGACUAGGCAGCGCGGAGCCGCCGCGGGCCGGGCCCAUCCCGCCGCAGCAGCCCGUGGGCCGAGCAGGGGCGAGGAGCCGAGGGAGCGGCGCCGAGCGGGGGCCGGAGCGCGGCCAGGAUGGUGUUGGAAGGGAACCCUGAAGUGGGGUCCCCCCGAACCUCAGACCUCCAGCACCCGGGAAACCAGGGCUCUUGUGUCCUCUCUUCUCCCGGCGAAGAUGCACAGCCAGGGGAGGAGCCCAUCAAGUAUGGCGAACUCAUCGUUCUGGGAUGCUGUGAGGAAGGAGGUGAGGAAACCGAGGCUCAGAGAGGGGAAGUGACUGGCCCAAGGGCACACAGCUGCUACAAUGGGUGUCUGGCAAGUGGGGACAAGGGCCGCCGCCGGAGCCGCCUGGCACUGAGCCGCCGGCCACAUGCCAACGGGGUGAAGCCGGACGUCAUGCACCACAUCUCCACACCGCUCGUCUCCAAGGCACUGAGCAACCGUGGCCAGCACAGCAUCUCGUACACGCUGUCCCGGAGCCACUCGGUCAUAGUGGAGUACACACAUGACAGUGACACAGACAUGUUCCAGAUCGGCCGCUCCACGGAGAACAUGAUUGACUUUGUGGUAACAGACACGUCCCCUGGAGGAGGGGCUGCCGAGGGCCCCUCUGCCCAGAGCACCAUCUCCCGCUACGCCUGCCGCAUCCUCUGUGACCGCCGGCCGCCCUAUACUGCCCGCAUCUAUGCCGCUGGCUUCGACGCCUCCAGUAACAUCUUCCUUGGAGAGCGGGCAGCCAAAUGGCGGACCCCCGACGGCCUGAUGGACGGCUUAACCACCAACGGGGUCCUGGUGAUGCAUCCAGCAGGCGGCUUCUCUGAGGACUCGGCCCCGGGUGUCUGGCGGGAGAUCUCGGUCUGUGGGAAUGUGUAUACUCUGAGGGACAGCCGCUCGGCACAGCAGCGGGGGAAGCUGGUGGAAAACGAGUCCAACGUGCUGCAGGACGGCUCCCUCAUCGACCUGUGCGGGGCCACGCUGCUGUGGCGCACGCCGGCCGGGCUGCUGCGGGCACCCACGCUGAAGCAGCUGGAGGCCCAGAGGCAGGAGGCAAACGCCGCACGGCCCCAGUGUCCCGUGGGCCUCAGCACCCUGGCCUUCCCCAGCCCAGCCCGUGGCCGCACGGCACCUGACAAGCAGCAGCCCUGGGUCUACGUCCGCUGCGGCCAUGUCCACGGCUACCAUGGCUGGGGCUGCCGGCGAGAGCGGGGCCCCCAGGAGCGCGAGUGUCCUCUCUGCCGCCUCGUGGGGCCCUACGUGCCCCUGUGGCUCGGCCAGGAGGCCGGCCUCUGCCUGGACCCCGGGCCGCCCAGCCAUGCUUUUGCACCCUGUGGCCACGUCUGCUCUGAGAAGACUGCCCGCUACUGGGCUCAGACGCCACUGCCCCAUGGCACCCACGCUUUCCACGCAGCCUGCCCCUUUUGUGGGGCCUGGCUUACCGGCGAGCAUGGCUGUGUCCGCCUCAUCUUCCAGGGGCCGCUGGACUAGGUUCCCUGGGGGCCCCCUGCUGCCGCGCCUGCCUGCCCACCCAGGUCCCCCACCUCCUGCAGCCCAGAGGGAGUUCUGCAUGUGGGACUCUACCUGCUGGCCCAUCGCCACACCAGAUGGACGCGUGGGAUGGGUGGGGCCCUUCCCCGGUUGGGGCCCUUCCCCUCUUAACUGUGGCUCUGAAGGGGAUCCCUGGGACCCCUACCUCGGUCAGAAUGAUGGGGCCCUCAGCACCAGCUCUGUCCCGGGCUGAUGGAGGAAGGCCCAGCCCUAUGCCCCGGCCCUCCCUGGGGCAUCCCACAUCAUGCCGCCUACACUGUGCCCCUGGGGGAAUGAAGGGGCCAUGGGCCCCUGACCCCCAGCUUAGGCUGGCUGUGCCCUGAGCCUGCCAACCCAGUUCCAGGUCAUCACCCUGCUGCUGCCCUGGGUUCCUCUAUAAACCUUGCUGCUCAGCUGCCCUC